CUUCUGUCAUUAACCUGCCAAGGAAGGCUGGGAGCGGGCCGUUAUUUACCAGGCUACGGAACCCAAGUACAGGACAAGCAGCCUUGUACUUGUUCAGCAGUGAUGCUCGUCAGCUCUUUGAAGUAAAAGCUUUCCAUGAAGAAUACCGUUCAUGGUUCAUUGGUCAGGCGGUCCAGCAGGAUGGGCGCCUAUUCUUUGUAACCCGAGUGGAUCCCUUAUUUCUUGUGCUCUUUUACCUUGCCAAGGCAGAGAAAGAGCAAGGGAAGUUCCAGCCACUGGAUCAAAUUCUGGUAGAUGCAGAGUUCUCGUCCUGCACAAUGUUGUUACAGUGUACAGAUAUCUCAAAGUCUAUUCAUCACAUUGUGGAAGAAAAAGAAACAGGUGGUAGGAAAUUUUAUAAAUAUAGUGAAGAGAAAACAUUGAAGUGGCUAACAAAGAAGGUUAACCAGACUGUGAAAGUCUUAAAGGACCAUGAUGUGAGCGUAGGAGGAAAGGUGCAGUCUGCUACUUUUAUCAGCAGUAAGAAGCUGGCUGGUGCCACAGAAGAGGACUACAUUCGCUAUGCUCAUGGUUUAAUAUCGGAAUAUAUUACUGAAGAGCUGAGUACUAUGCUAGCUAAAUAUUUACGACUUCCAGAAGUUGCCGUUCCUCCAAAGGAGCCACUGCCAAAGAAAAGGAAAGUGUCAGAUGCGCCCGUGGAAGCCGAGGAAGAUUAUACCAAGUUUAAUACAAUUGACCUCAAAAGCAAAAAGGCAAACAAGAUGUCAGCUGCUCAGAAAGCUCUGGCAAAAGUUGACAAGAGUGGAAUGAAAGCAAUUUCUUCCUUUUUUGGUUCAAAAAGCAAACCAACAAAAUGAGAAGGAUUUCGGGAUAUAAUUAUUGUUUUCCUUAAACUCCAGCUCCCCCCCCCCCACCUUUGCCUCCAGUUGCCUGGUGUUUCUUGUAUUAAACCUUGGCCUCAGAAGUGGAAAUGUUCAGGUCUAAUAGGAGACUUACUAACAGGGCAGUCCUGUGAAAUCAGUCGACUUAAGCUAGAGUAAGGCACUGUUCAUGGUGUCCUGAUUUUGUUUUGUAGAAUUAGUAUAUUAUAGAAUUGUUCUAUAGAAUUUAUAGAACUGUGCCCAGUUACUCCGGCCUAGGCCUACUGAAAUCAGUGGGUUUAGAGUGGAGUAACUCUGCAAUGGAUUACACUCUACAUUGUAUAAUACCGUAAGAUUUUGCUCUGAAUUUGUUUCCCCAUUGGGAAAAGCACCCGAUUUUGGUAAUUUACUCUUCUAGAGAAGAAGGAUUUGUUAAUUAAUGUGCAGCUUGCAUUAGCUGGGU